GGGGAGGGGGGAUUUUUUUUUUGUCGGGGCUCAAUUGACGUGCACGUGAUCAACUUUUGCGCUCUUCGGUUCUUCCUCGAUAAAGUCAGUUCGCGACUAUGCAAGUCUUGGGUGAAGCUUCCAGCGCGAUUGAUCAACUUUUGCGCUCCUCGGUUUCUUCCUCGUAAAAUUCUCGCGGCCGUUCCGGGUCGCCUUCAACGUUUGUUGAAUGAAGCAAAUUAAGAGAGCCGUCGUAGAGCUCGGGCAGCUGUGCUCUCUGCGGCCUUGACGUCUGUCGGGGAGUCACUGUGCGCUCGCAGACUUUGGUGGCGUAUUUGCAUGCUAGCCGAGCCCGUGUCUCUCGAAGAGGUGCGUCGGCGACUUUGGCCACGGAGCGGCGAUCUGCUGAAGAGGAGGCGGUGACCAUGGCUUGGCGAACGUGCGUGAUCGCGCUGCUUUGCACCGCGCUGUCGUGCGCGCUCGCCGACGAAAUGCCUGAAUAUGCAUUCAGCGAGCUCUGCCAGAACCAGUCAGCACCCCUCACAGUCCGCAAGGCGGCUCUUGUGUGGCUCAACAACUCGCAAGAAGAGUGCAGCGUGCGCGUCCGUUUCGCUUCUGGGCUCCUCAUCACGGUGGCCUCGCUGAACUUGACGGCAUCGGCAAACUGCACCGACAGUUAUCUGAAGGUGACAGUUGCCGAUGAAGUGGCACCAGGAGGAGGACCGUUCUGUGGCUACCAGGCAGACCGUCGUGAGGCCACACCAGGUCUGCAAGUGACAUUCAUGAAGCCACCACAGAAUGGCUCUGUUGUGCUGAAUGUCAAUGCCACGUCACCAACUAGCAACUUCACCUUGGUGCUCACGGCAUUUACAAAUGUGAGCAGAGAUGAUAGCUGCCCCAGUACGAGGCACGAGUGCUACAACAAGCGCUGCAUUGCUUCAGAUAUCUUCUGCGACGGCCACAACCAUUGUGGCGGGACGCAGGUCCCCCUGCCCGAGCAGUGCCCCAACCCCGUUACUGCAGAGGCCACCUGGUGGGCCAUUGGAACAAUCAUCUUCGGUGUCAUUGCACUCAUCCUGCUGCUUCCAUGCUUUGUGUGGACCGCACUGCGUGGGGGCCAGAACAAUGUGACUACACUGGUGCUUCCUGGUGCCAUGCGCAUUCCUAGUAAGAAUGGCUCUUCAACUACAGCUUCUGCACCUGGGACUUCUCCGACCCAGGAAGCACCUUCUGUGAAUGAUGGGCCAUCAUCCGCAGAUCACCAGCUCUCGGUAGAGUGCACGCCUACAACGAGCGACAAAGCACGGCUUGUGACAUCUUGAAGGUUUGCGCGCCCCUUAGACAUUGGUGCAUUCUCUUCCUGUGCCUUUGAUGGUUGAUGUGUUUGGUUGUGGUUCGGUUGUGUUCCAAUGCCUUCCCUGUCGCAGGAGCGGCCUAUGCUUGGGUGUUAUGUUCAGCUUAGGUACGUGACGGCACUUUUCUUUCCAUGCCACUCUGCAGUGCCGCAGUCUGCUUGCUUUUUCCCUUCAGUAGCGUGCUGGCAGUGGUAUUGAAGAUGCAUGCUGGCAUGAAUACUGAAAGAAAGAACUGCCAUUGUUGUGCCUCAGCAGAAUGUAUCACCUGUGACAGAUUUAUGCAUAAAUCUAGCAGCUUUAGAGUGAGCCAGCAUUUUAUAUGCGGCUAGCACAAACUUCAGCUGUUUACGUUAUGCACCAGUGUUGGACAGUGAAUUGUUGGUGAGCUGUGCUCUGAGCACGUCUGCGACAAGGCUUAGUUUGUGGCAUCGUGAAAGCUUGGGCUGCUUAAUUAACUAAUUUUUCUUGUUCGACUGCUAUGGAUGUUUUGGUUGGUAGUCUUGGCCACAUUCUCUUACUUUUUCUGUGUUAAGUGAAGUGGUCUUACUCUGGUUGUUAAAGAGGAGCCAGGGCUAGAGGUUUUACAACAAUCGAGAUUGCUUUACCUGAUGUUCAACUGAUGUUCAUAUUGACUGUAUAUUUGAUUGCUAUUGAAACAUGGGAUUCAUUGACAGUAGUUAGAAGGGUCAGCAGUAGUUUGUACCAGGGCAAGCUAAAGAAAGGUCAACUGCUCAUCAUUGGCCAACAUACGAAGUGCUGCCUCAUAUGAAAACCCUCAUAAGGGCUCAUGGGGAGGAAGAGGAGCUCACUUAGGGCCCUUGUGAGGCCAACAGAGUCCAGAAGGAGUCUAGCUGUACUCAUAGAUGGUGUGUUUUUAAAUUUUGACUUUGAUUUUAUGAACAUGUUCCACGUGUACCGACGUGUUGAAUGGGCUUGUAUGUGGAGAACAUGUGCUCAAAGCUUUGUGUGGGAACAAGAGACAAAAGUUGUAUGGAGCUUGAUAUUUGUACUCUUUAUCCAGUUGUCUCUCCUUUAGCUAUACAUUGUGACUCUUAAAAGACCAUACUUUUAUUUUUUUAUGCGUCAAGUAGACAAAUGUACAAAUGUCUGCCUUUGUAGCCAGUGUUGUUUUUUGUGUCAGUGGCUUUGUGUCAGUAAACCAAUUAGAUUGCAGUUUUUGGGUUUCCACAUUUGUGGGGCCUACCUAUAGUUUGGUCCCGUGCACAGAAACAUGUUGGGACCAUUCAUGCACACGUCCUGAACUACCUUGAUCUACCCUGUGUUCCUGCUGUCCCAUGGUGCUUGCUGCAACUGGGGGCUUAUUAGGUGUACCCUUCUAAAGUAAGGGGUGACAGUUGCGACACCUAUGGCAGCUGCCCAGUCUUCGGGCCCAUGUGCUUGUCCUAUAAAUUUGAUGUGUUGAUCAUAGGUGGCAGCACCAUGCUGUGUCGGUAAAAUAAGGAAAUUUCAGCUAGAAGUUGUUGCUUCAUGUCAGGGCCUGCUCGUGCAGAAUUUUGUUAACACGCUAAUCAAUGUAAGAUGCAAAUUUGUGCCAUUGCAAUUUUAUUCAUUAAGAAAAAUAUGCAGCAAUAUUGUAGCAAGCAACAUUGUGAAAGAUCUUCCCAUUGGUGAUCCAUUGCCAGUUAUGUAUAUAUAUAUAAAAUGAGCUCAUGCAAGAAGCCAUAGGUGUAACAUUUCUUCGUUAUGUCAUGUUUCAGAAUGACAUUCUUUGAUUGGACAGUGUAUUGCUGGGCCUUUCUGCAGCAUUCUAGGUUAGUGGCCAAAUGUACCUGUGGAUUUGUUGUAACAUAGAAAAGUGCUUAGUGAGGUUUAUUUUGUUCAGAGAACUGAACUCUGAUAACCAGACCAACAGAUAACACCGCUGAGCUUUGUAAAUAUAGGAGCCAUGGGAAGGUGCACAUAUAUUUCUAGCUGACCAAUCACGUGUUGUAUGGCACUUAUUUCUCAUUUAAACAUUGUUCUUCCAUUAGCCACUUAUGCUCAUCAUUGAACAUUGAACUGGCGGGACAUUGCGUGAAGUUCAAAGCAGUGCUCUUGCAGUUUUCACACUUGAUAUAAAAUUGGUGAGCAACAAAUCUGAUUUGAAGUGUAAGGUGUUACUCACUGCUUUAAGCUCUAUUUGGUCAUACCUUAAUGGUCAUCCGUCCAACCUUGGCGCUGCCAUGUCGGUUAGUCAUUGAGCAAUCGCACAGCGGUUUGGCAAGUUUCCACUGGCGAUAUUCUAAACAUAAACCAUAAUUUUUUUAAACAAACUUACUUAUCAAGAGGAGCUCAGCUUUUGCAUAAGCUAUAAAGAUGUAGUGAGAUAUAUUGUGGACGCUUUUACUAAUGCUGCAAGGGUGUGAAGUGCAUUGCAACUCCUUGUCAUGACGUACUCCCCUUUGUGCAGUGGCAUUUUGUUAUGCUGCUCAGCACAAAGUUGCAGGUUCGAUCCCUAGCCACUGUAACCACACCCUGAUGGCGGCAAAAUGUGUAAACACUCUUUUAUGGUUUCGAGGAGUAUUUACGUGACAAUUUUUAAGUUGUAAUAUUCUUGCUUUGAGUUGUGGUCCAAACUCUCUGUAUCUGUACCCUAAAAUGAAUUACUAUAAUGCACUUGUUUCUCUGAACUACUUCCGGUGUCUGUAUGCAAAAGGUGGAUGUGUCAUGACAUGAUUCGUUGGCUUGCUUCAUUCUGAAAAUCACUAUGACUGGUGAAUGCAGCCUGAAGCGAACUCUUGCUUAUUUUUUUAUGAGCAAUGUCGUCAUACCUAGCCUUAUUGCUACAUGACAUCAGCAAAUGUUGCUCCAGGUCAUAGCACCACAAUAAUUUUGAUGGCGCCAGGUUCAGAGUUUCAAGACCAACUUUAGUAUCAAAUUCAAAUAUCUUCAUCUUUCCCAACCUUCAUACUUGCUAAAUAUUAUCCUUUCUAUGUUCAAGAAGCAUGUGGUUCACUUUCUACAGCUUUGAAAACAUGUGCCACUACUCCUUGACAUGUGUUUUGGGAGCCCCAGAUUUUCAAGAUAAAUGUGGAGCCCUCUGCUACAUUCUACUUUGUAGCCUAAGUUAAAACUCAUUGCUCUUGAAAAAGCCAGUGCUCUUGAUAGCCCAUAAAAUUUGCAACUGUAGCAUUUCUAUAUUCUGCCAGUACUUGUGUAUGGGACUGAUAUUGGACAUUUACUUUGCUAACAAAACUUCGUCUUGUGCAUUGAAGCAUACAAGUAACUGGAACGCCAGUGCAUUUCUCCGCAAAGUUUGGGAAUUAAUAUCUGGAAACUGGUGUCGUUCUGGGAAUUCGUUCAAAGUGUACCUGCCUAGCGAACUCCGCGGCUAGAAUUUAUAAAUUGCAAUAUGGGUCAUAAGGUAAUUAGUUAAAAUGGUAAUUAGUAAUUUUUGUUAAUUAGUUCAUUUGUCAUUUCAGUGGUUUUUUUUUUUUUUUUUCAAGGAGUGUCUGCCACUUCAAGUACAGCACCUCAUGAAUUAAGCUUGCACUAUCUGUCACAGGUGACCUUUAAGAAUUAUUUAAAGUGUUCGCUGAAACACCCUGUAUAUUGCAUUGUGAAGAGGCAAAAAUAAGGUUUUUCACUUCUGAAACACGAAUCAACUUGGUUGAAAAUGUUGUAGAAGGGCUUUUGAUAGAGCAAAGAUUAAAAUAAAGAAAAUAAGCCAUAAUAAGAAUCAAAGUAAGGUUACUUUUGGUGAAAAUAAUAAAGUACUUACGAUCUUAACUUUUCUUUUUUCUUUUUUGCAUUGACCAUUGUAUAUAUAUUUUUUUCAUGAAGUCUUCUUUUCUGCUUUUUAGUACUAAGACAUUGUGUUACUUGAGUUUGAUUGGGCUUUGUUUCACUCGACUUCAUGGACUCUAUUAAGUGGUUCGGCACGUUAGGUUGCUUCUGCUGGCAGAGGGAUUUCACAGUCUACCUCUGAGAGCAGUUUAGUAAAGUGUGGAAGAAGUAUAUAAAUAUUAUACAGGUGUGUUAUGAAUGAGUUGUUGAUGUGGCACUGGCACAUAUCUUGACAUGAGAAAGAACUGGAACAAAGAAACACCAAGAUAAAGUUCUGCCUUCCACUUUAUCUUUAUGUGGAAACAUGCACGUAUAUAAUUUUUACGUGUAUAAACAUACAUGCAAAAGCUUGUGCUCCUACGUAGCAUACACAUGCGUUAAUGUGAUGUAUGCACAGAUAUGCAGUGUGCGUGCUCCUAUCAUAGCACACGUGUGUUAAAUAUGUGAUAUAUGUACAUAUGCACAGAUAUACUCCUAUGUAGCAUACAUGUGUGUUAAAGAUGUGAUAUAUGUACAGAUUACAGUACAUGUAAGUGUGCGUGUUAGGACUAAUUAGAAGAUAGCACUGUGUCUUGGUGUUUCCUUGUUCUUUUCCAUAUUUGCACCACACUGUAACGCGAACUUGCCCAAAUCACUACCAUGUUAAACCAGUGGCGUCAAAGGAAGCAUGUGCAUAUGUGAUACUGUUUGCUUAUUUCUAGCAUAAAGCUAUCAAUAGAACGCUUUUCAAAUGCACUUUUUGUAUGCCUGAUAAAAUUGUUGCAGAGAUUCUUAGUGUGCUUCAUUUGUAACGACUCCAUGCAUAAUUAUCUUUGAUUCUAAAGCAGUGAACUUUUAGUGAAUGACCAGGAUGCUUCAGCAAGAGAACUUUUAUAGUAAAUAAUAGCAGAUGCAAAGAAUUGUUCAAAAGGCACUGGGUCUCGGUGCAGGCACGUUUCUUUCAUUGUGUUUAUGCGUGGUACAUAUACUGUAGGAACACUGGUGUAUCAACAUUUCAUGUUUCCGUUCAUUGGUUGGACAGGGUGAAGAAAGAUAGGCAAAUGUCACCACCUCACUAGCCAACAAAUGUCUUUCUUGAGAUUAUGCUUGUGUUUUCUGUUUCUCAAUUUCUAACAAUAUAUGCUUAGAAUGAAACUAUGAAGCUGUUUUUAUUAGAUGGCAUACUAGCCCAAAAUCAGUCAAAACAUAAAAGCAAUAGUCUGCACAGUGCUGGUAACGUGCAUAGAAUGUGUGAUCAAUACUGUGCAAUAAAACAAGGUAUAAAAGAAGUUGGGCUGCUGACUGCAACAACCACCGUUUGUGAAACUGAGUCACUCUGCGAGUAGGAAGCCACUCUUAUUGGCACUCUAGAGGUUAGGCAGACAAUGCAGGCGGACGCCUUCAGUUUGUCACGUUUUGUUUGUUGCCUAGCACAGUUAUGAAUAUAAUUCAUAAUUGCCCUCCUUGCCCAAAAAGGUGACAAUUGCCCAAAAAGAUGACAAAAGCUUUUCCCACUUAACUGUAACUGUCCACCGAAUCUGGUCCCCCAAGAAGUGCCCAGCGAUCAUCACUCUCACAUGAAAAUAGUUCUGUGAAUUCAUUACAAGAUUUCCUGUAUGUGGAUUUACCACUACGCCUGCAAUUUGCCAUGAAGAUAACUCAAUUUUAAUUCUCAGACUACGGAAUUUCACCGAAACAAAAGAAUAAAAAAAAAAUACUAAUUCAGACUUUUUGCAGCCUUUAGUAAUUUAGUAUACCAAGCAUUUAGCAUGAUGUGGUCGGUUUUGCUUGCUCUGUUUCUCUCGCUACUUGUACACAUGCUUUGUUUUUGAAAGUGUUUUAAUUACUCCAUCUUUGGCACUUCAUUGUCAAUUAGUACUGUCUCAAAAAUUUGUAGAUCAAAUCUCCAGAUGUUGGACUUUUGCCAUUUCACAUCUUAGCAUCAUAUCUCUCUCAUUUGGCCUAUGAUGAUCACUCAAAUUACACGCAGACAAAUCUAUGUAUGUUACAUACAAGGGAAUCUAUUUCUUAUGACUGAACUGCUUAUUGAAGCAUAAAUUACAGUGAAAUCUCAAUUUAAUGAAACUGAGUUUUAUCAAAUUUGUAACUUAAGAACCACUUUCAAUAUUUAUAGAGCCUAAUUAAUUGAAAACCUCGAAGCAAUAAAGUGAAAUGAACAUAUUGAAGGGUUUAAAGAAGUUUAGAAAAAAGAAUGUGUAAAUAGACAGUGCACAGGAAACGUGUUAUGUUGAAAAUGGCUUGAAAUUUAUGUGUGUUUUGCUACAGUAAACUUAUUACCGUGCUUCAUUGGGGUGGGCUGGUUUCCUUUCAUAAAAUUGCCUGUUUACUCCUUCAGGUCCUGUGUGUACAAAUGUACACACCAAGGUAGUGCAUCAAGAGCAACAGCACCUGUGAAAAUAUGUUUAAGACAUAUAUCAGGCAUAUUGAAACACUUCUGAUAGGACCUACGUUGCAAGUUAGAAUAGUAUCAGUAUUUUAGUAAAACGAUUUGGAAUGUGAAUAGCCCUCUGUGACAUGAAUUGUGUAGUGGGUUCACUUCUUUCACUGUUUUUUACUGUGUUCUAUGUGAAGCAUAUUCUUCAAGUGACUGGAUAGGUGCUUUCCAAAUAUGCUAGACAUGAAAUAUUUGGCCUCAUAUGCGACAUUCCAGCUGAGAGUUCUCGCGUGGGGUUCACAUUCUGUUAACUUGAUAAAACUCACUGAAAUGUUUGGAAUUCUUGAUCCGUUCGGCACCUGCAUGGCUUUCAUAAUUCCGAAAAAGCAAGAACUGUGGUGAUACAGAAUUGGCACCUGAAAAGGUUGAAGCAAUUUUUCUGGCGCCCUAAAGGAACAGAAGUGCUCAAUGGGACUGCCGUUUAAUAUAAGUGCAUAAGCCUACUGCUGGCAGAGCUCAUGCAAGCGAAAAUUAAUUUCCUUUUUUCAUUCUUGAAUAAAUAUUUCUAUAUGUUUUA